CUAAUGGCAACUCAAAGGUUCAUUCAAGAGAGCGAAAACUCAACAGACGGAUGAUAUAACUGUCAAACAUGAUGAGUUGAUGGUGUAUGAAAGGAACAGGAUCGAUGCAAUCGAGGAUUUGUGAUUGGAUACAUCCUUACAGGUACCUUGAUGGCUCUAUUCAUCAUGGUUUUGGUAGUGCUACUCAUUUGUAAAUGAAAAUAAGGAAUACAAAAAGUUCAAGAUUAGCGAAGAGCAUAAAAAUAAAAAGAGACAACUCAGGAAAAUACUUGAAAAAACAGGCAUAAUUAAGGGUAUUCCUUAUGAAGAUCAGCUUCCCCCAUUCAAAAGUUGCAAACCUUACGCUUUACCUCGGUCUAUUGACGAAAUCAGCCUGGAAAAGAAAAAUUUAGCAAUAGACAAUUCUAACAGAUAUGAUCUUCCAAGUAAUAAAAGGCCAGACCAGCGCUUCACAGUGUAUGAUUUCCGUUCAAAAUUCCCUAUAAAACUAAAAUCUCUUCGUGAUCGGCCCUUCGCCAUCAAUAUCGACCAAAUCAAGCUUAACAUUAGCAGUGAUAUCUCUCAAAACACGGAAUCUGUGAUCUCAGCUCGUUCUAUGAAAAAGAAGCCUGGGUACUCGCUAGAGCGGAGCUCUAGCGGUAAUCAGUCUAGUUCAUCACAAUCAAACGAGAGUGACUCCUACAGCAUCUCUGGAGAUGAUGCCCCAUAGGCAUCAUCGAGCAUGAUGUUAGAGAGGGACUCUUAAAUGGUUGCGAAGAGAGUCAGAUAUUUGCUUUAGAGAUUUCUAGGUUUUGGUUAUAAGGAUUUUUCAAC